CUUGUGCCCUCCCAGCCUCCUGGGAUUCCUUCAGGAAAAGGACCAUAGAUGGGGAUAGAUGUUGCAUGUGUUUGUCUCCCAAUCUUUGUUCUCUCCUGUGCUUUUUCAACAGGGACCUCGUGGUUUGUCCAAGGAGAAGACUUGAAAUCUGAAUCUAGGAAAGAAAACCAUUCCAGUGCCAUUUCUGGUCCUGGGCCAUCCUGGUUUGAGCCCUGGACCAGCACGAAGCCCUGGAGGGAACCUCUCCGAGAGAAAAACUGGGAAGAGCAGCAGCACCACGUGGUUCCUGCAGCAGCUCCAGACAGAGGUGCUGGGAAGGGGCCUGUGCUGCCCUUUGUGAAGCUCACGCUGCAGGAGGCUCUGGCCGUUCAUCGCCCCGAUUUCAUCUCCCGCUCCGGGGAGCGAGUGAAGCACCUCAAGCUGGUCAUGGAGGAGAGGAGGAUCCAGAGGGGGCUGCAAUCCCAGCAGGAAGAACUUGGGAAUCCCCCCGGGAAGAGGAAGGGCUGCAGGAGUGCCAGUCACCUGCUGGCAGACACAGGUACCGUCAGGAGGCUUUAA